AUUACUUAGCUCCACGUUCAGUGUUUCUUAUUUUCCGGAUUCCCGAACUUCGUAUCAUAAUAUUAUUAUUAGGAACAAACGCACCACUCACAAGAUUUUAAUACGAAUUUAACAGGCAAGUAUAGACCCGAGAGUCGAGACUCGAGACCAUUACUCUCUGAACGUGAAUGCAUCUCGGAAUUUCCAUGAAAAUAAUCCUUAAAUAAUGGACAUUAGGUUCUGUGAAAGGUAAAUAAACACUGAAUGAACUGUAGAAGCGAGGAGGGAGAGGGAACAUGAGUGCCACUGCAGAGUGUUGCAUUAAAACUUUUUCAUUCACCGCGCUGCGUUCCAAAGAGCGGUCGCGUCGCGUCGUCUACUAUUGUUUAUCAACAAAAUAGUGUUAUGUGAAGUGCAAAUAAACAUGUACAGAUAGCGUUCAAUGUGUAAAGAUGGAUGGGAAUGCUGAUUCGGACCAUUCUAUGACUUGGGAGGACUUUUUCGGUAGCACAACAGAUCUAACACCUACGCUAAUCGGGAUCUACGACUCUCUUCUAGAACCAGCCAAGAGUCUGAAACCAGACGAAAUCCGCUUGGAAACAGCCAAAGAUGCAAGAAACGAUCCUCCAGUAAGAGAAACCAUGCUGGAACAAAAAGAGAGUGUUGUGUUCGCUAGCCCACCGAAAGACCCCUCCAAAAUUGCCGGCAGCAUAAAACUACCCAUCGCAACAAUCAACAAAAGUUCUCUGUACUCAAUACGAACUAAAAGUGAUAAAAAUGGUGCUAUAGAAGUUAGUGAAAGUAAUAAAGAAGUGAAAGACGUUCAAAAAGUAAAACAAGACACAUUUGAUAACCUGUCACCUAAUGUUAAACGCAUAAUAUCAAGCAGUGGAGCCACGACUUUGAAAUUCCAGAAGAAAACAAUGACUGUUGGUAGAUCUUCGACCAGACGGUGUAAUAUACCUCUGGUGGGUGCGACGUCUAAGAUAUCGCAGUCUGGCGUAGAAAUACUACCAUCUGUAGAGAUACAUGAUCAUCCGAGCACUUACAAAGCAGCAGAAUCUCCAGCUAAAGAAAAGGAGACAAAAUUAAACGAACCAGUAACAAAAGUGGAUGAUUCUCCAGCGAAAAUAAUACCAGAGUUUAGAAUAGAAGAGGAACAAACAACGUAUGAUGUUCCUACGAAUAACAGACCAGCAAUAUACGACGUGCCGACUGCGUGUAAAACAGCAUUCGAAUCGUUGUCUCUACCAUUCAUAGAUCAGUCUAUAGAGCUAUCCAUGGCAACAGAUAGAGAAUUCGACACAAAACUACAAUCUAAAGACAAUUCACCACAGAAGCCUGAAAAACCAGUAACGCCAGAAUCAUCUCCAGCGAAAAUCCCAAAAACGGCAGCUAGAUCAAACAGUCUACGCAAAGAAAUCACCACUCAAGAUUCUAGAAAGUUACUUAAGAAUCCAUACCCAGAAACGGUUGGAUCAACUGGGAAUCUCAAACUUUCUCAAGAGAAGGAAGUUAGACUGAAUCCUGCUAUAGAAGUUACUAGACCUCUAUCUAUGAGCUCAAUAGCAUCUUCUAGUUCAACUUCUAGCAGUGGUGUGCAGAAUAAAGGAGUCAAUUCUGCCUAUCUAGCUUCUAUCGAAAGUCUAGAUGAUCACAGUGAUGUUGACAUAACUUCGGCGAAUAGCAAUAAUUUUGUUAAUGGUAUCCUGAAGAGCGAAGACAGAAGUGAGAACUCAAGACAGAGUAUAGUCGACGAGAUGGCAGGUCUCUCCCAGUUGGAGCGGGUCUGCGCUGAAAUCGUUCAAACUGAGAACGUCUAUGUGGAGGACUUGAGACAAGUUGUUGAGGGCUACCUUCAUGUUUGGAGACGAGAGGCGACGUUCUCUGAAGACGAGCUGUCAGAGCUGUUCAACAACAUUGAAGAUAUUUACGCGUUUAAUAGGUCUCUCUGCACCGAACUCAAUAGCUGCAAGCUCGACGCGACCUGCAUCGCUCGAUGUUUCGUCAAUAACACCACAGGUUUCUCAGUCUACACCUCCUAUUGCACCGGAUAUCCGCGCACUAUGGAGAGGUUGGCAGCCCUGGCGUCGAAGCCGCAGAGCGCCCGGGAGUUUAGAGAGAGACAGAUAGACCUGCGACAUCCGUUGCCUCUCGCUUCUUACCUGUUGAAACCCGUGCAGAGAAUUUUGAAGUAUCAUCUGUUGCUGCAGAACGUAGUGAAACAAUGCGCGUCCAGCGACACAGAGUACGCACUGUCCAAGAUGACAGGUAUCGCCCAGCACAUUGACGACAUGAAGAGAAGACACGAACAUGCUGUUAGAGUACAGGAGAUCCAGUCGCUUCUAUACGGCUGGAACGGCCCGGAUCUGACCACGUACGGAGAGUUGUGUGCCGAAGGGACAUUUAGAGUAUUCGGCGCGAAGGCGAUGCGUCACGCCUUCCUCUUCGACAAGAUGUUGCUCGUGACCAAGAACAGGGAGGAUGGGAUACUGGCGUACAAGUCGCAUAUUAUGUGCAACAACAUGAUGCUGGUGGAGUCCAUUGCGGGGGCGCCGCUGUCCUUCCACGUUAUACCCUGGGACGCGCCGAGAUCACAGCUAACACUACAAGCUAGAUCGCCGCGACACAAGCGAGAGUGGACUUUAUUGUUGAAGCGGGUGAUACUGGAAAAUUAUAACGCGGUGAUACCAUCUCAUGCGAGACAGCUUGUGAUGGAGUUGGGACAAAAUAAAACUGAUGAUGAUAUUCUUGCAGAAAAGUCACACAACCUCAUCACGCAAGCGUCAAUGAGAAAGCAGCUAUCAGCGCCAGAGUAUUUAGAGAAGCGGAAACUCGAAAGAGAAAGAAGAAAAUCCUUCGAGUCCAACUCAAGAGGAAGAUCGAAGAAAAUCAACAGAAAAUACACAGCGGGAAGCUCAAGAGAUACGAGUAGAGAGUGCGACUGUGCCCAGGUAUCGAGUGAAAAAGGUAUAGAUUAUACUUGCGAUAACUGCUAUAUAGAUUUAUGUUCAGAUUGUGAAGUAGAAGUAGAUAGGGAAAAGAAAGAAGAUAGAUGCACAUGCCAAGAGAAAUCUCCGGAGAAAAAGUGUCCAGAAUGCGAUAAGGCGUUACAGUAUAUAGAUGCAGGUAGCCCUGAAAGAAAUGAGGUAAAAACUAGCUGUAAAUGCUCAGACUUCAAUUCGUCACAGGAGAGUUUCACCAAAGAUUUCACGAGCUCACUUCACAAGACGCGAGGCUAUCAUUCAUCCGAUAAUAUCAUUGAUUAUGUAGAAUCCAAAGAUUUGACCGAUCCAAAACAUUCGUUAACAAAUGUAAGAAGUAUUCAAAAGACUUGUUUAAAGUGUUGUAAAAUUAAAGAGAACAUCCCAGUAACUGAUUCAAUAAGUAAACUACACGCGAGAAAAUCUAGAUGUAAUGAUAUAGAGAAAUCCAAAAUUGAUACAACGAGAUCGAAGUCCAAAGAUGAUCCUCAAAGAUCAAAGCUUUCGAAAAUAGGUACUUGGAGACGAAAAUCUGAACCAGGUCUUCAACAGAAUGCUAUCAUAAUAAAAAAACUACAGGACAGUGAUAGCGAUAGAAACGAAGCUAAAGGAUCUGAAAAGAUCGAGUUUGAAUGUCGAAAUUGUGGUUCCAAUAAAAUAACAAGAAAAAAUAGAUUGAACGAAGGAUCAUUUAUAUCAGAUAGCGAAAAUGACACCAGACGAAAAGGAAAUGUAAAAUCAAAUUUAGAAAUUAAAAUGUACAAUACUAAAAAUAUGCCAAAGAAAAUAACGAAAAUAAAAAAGAAUAGGGCUAAAGGAUUGCGAUUGCAUGAUACUUCUGCAAGAUUUUAUACUGAUUUCUCGACAGAUAUGUCUACUGAAAAUAUUCUACACAUUACAGAAUCGAAUGAUAGUUUGAACACAGAUAAACCGAAAUCAGAAACCUUGCCGCCGGAAUUGCCGACCAAAUUAAGCAAAGACGAAGACAUCGAUGAAGAGACUUACAGGAAAUUAGUAGAAAAAACUGAUUCGUUUAAAAAGAACGAACUGGAAAAAGUUAAGUUUUUGAAUAAACAAAAAGUAAUCAAUGAAGGUUCUGAAACAGAUGAUAAACAAGACGUAAAGCACCCAAAUGAAGAUGUUCAAGAAAGUUGUGAAGAAACAGAACAGCCAUUGGAGCAAAUCAUUUCUCAGCUAUUGCUGCAAAAUAGAGAAUUCCAAAAACUAUUGAAAAAACAACAGCAAAGAAGUAGCGGACAAAGGCGUCAUCAAAGACUGCUAAAAUCUUACUCCACACCAGAACAAGCUGUGCAAUCUAAAAACGAUUUAGGUAAACUAAAACCUAAAUAUGGUCGCCAACUAUCCGAGAAUAUAGAUGUAGAUAUUGACGAACAAAACAAUGAAACAGAAGAUGGAUCAGACGAUGAUCACAUAUACGAAACCUUGAGAGUGGAAAGUAAAUUAGAUAAGAGGCCACAUGCCAAUGGCACUAAUUUAAAAGACAAUGUUGAUUCUUCUCAAAGCUUUUCUUCGCCUCGUACUUUGCGAGUAACAGAAAGUAAAAAUUUUCGCGGACCAGAAUCUGACUACGUUUACCUAUCUUUUGAUGAGAUUAAACGUCGUGGAUCGCUAGACGAUGGUAUAUACGACGUACCAGUUAAGACACCGGAAAAAGUUAAAGGUGUUGAACAUAAGAAUGACUACUACGUAACUAUGGAGAAGCAGGGACCUCCUACAGCCGAUGAGAAUGUAUACGACAGUCUAAUAGAAGUUUGUAGAAGAAAGAAGGAAGUUCCUGACUCUUUACCUGUAGAUUAUCUACCGAUGAGCCCCGAUCAGCAAAGUCCAAAUACGCCAGAAAUAUGGCUGAGUCGACAAAAAGAGCAUUUUAAUGUUUCCAGAGACAGAAAAUCUGGAUCACUUCCUAGAAGUUUUCAAGUAGUUACAAGUGGCCAAGAGGAUAGUAAUUUAAGCACGUUCAAAUGUAAACCUAAUACAAACAGCAAAACCUAUUUGAACAGAGAUGGAAAAGUUGUAAGCGCAGAUAGACCAUUUACUAUAGCGUCAGAUCAAAGUGAAAUAAGCUACGAUGAUGUUGAAACGUAUAUGAGUGAAGGCGAUAUUCUUAAAUUCAAUAAAAAUUCAAAAGCAAAACAAGAAGAACAGACGCAGGAGAUAAGUCAAUCUACAUUGGAACUUGAAGAAGAAAUUGAUAGAUGUUACAAAAAUAAUUUCGAAAGGGUUAAUUUAGACACGAAUAAAAAUGAAAGUAUUCCAACUACUCUACCUAAUCCAAACAUUUCAUCAACGUCGUCGUGUGAAGCUUUAGCUUUGGAACAAAAUAAUGAAAAAUCAAAACAGGUCGAUAUAAUUCACCCUGAACAUAAAAUAUACAAGCCAACUGGAAAUGUUUUAUCUCUUAAGAACGUUAUUAGUCGUUUCAAAAACCGCACACCACCUAAAAACAAUGAAGAUGCUGAAGUCAACGCUAACGAUAUAAAGAACGAAGUUAAAUCUGAUCUAAAAAGUCCUACGAAUGAAAAAAGAUCUGCUUUGAACCCUAGAAGCUAUUCAAAGAACUUGCUACAACGAUUUAGAAGUAUUAUUGGAGACGAACAACCUGAUGAUAACCAAAAUAAGACUGAAUCUUCCAAAACUUCCGAAAAUGAAGUGGUAAUAACGAAGAAUGAUACAACAGUCGUUGUUACAGCUAGUAGUGAUAAUAGUCCCACAACAUCAGCCAAUAUUACUUUAACAGAUGCACUCAGUAAAAGUGUACAUGAACAAACUACAAGUGAUAGUCAUGAUAAAACUAAUGUUGACAUCAUGUCACAGAGUUGCGACAAUCUUAGCCCAAAACUAAUUAGACCUAAUUUUGAAAAGAGCGUGAGCAUGGUCACAACUAUGUCGCAAUCUGCUGGCAACAACUCAUCGCCUUCAAAAUCAAGCAAUAGUUCCUAUCAAAGCCUAAAUAAGCUACCUAUUUACAUGCAAGGCAGUAAAUAUUUAGGAGCCAGAAUUGCUCAAUCAGAUUAUGAAGAUCCGAUGACCUUGUUAAGUGAAAAAAGUGCCCUUAAAAAUGUAAAUGUACUUAUAAAUAAGCAUGCCGUGAGGCCUGACAGUCUAUUCUCGAAUUCAUCAUUCAUAACCUCCUCCAGUGAAAGCACCUAUCAUGAAAGUAAAGUAGUAACUACAAAAACUGAUAAAGUAACGAAAUGUAAUUCAGAUGAAAACUACUACGAAAAGUCUUUUGAAAAGAUCGAGCAAGUCACAGAUGAAGACGUUUUUAGAGAUUCGGCUGUUUAUUCUGAUCAAGAAGAUGAUGAUGUAGUAGAAAAACCAAAAACAAAUAAAAAUGUGACUAAAAUUGAAAAUGUUCAACAGAAUACUUCAUUGAAAAUGCCUAAAAGUGCUACAAGUGGCGUCACAAGUACCACUCAGUCGUCAGCCAUUACAACUCAUGUUGCUAAAAAAGAAAAGAUAGAAAGUUUCAAACCUGUGAAAUUAAAAAUAGCACCCCCAGUUCCUAUUAAGCCUAAACUGUCUACCAUCCCAUCAGUUCAAACUAUAACAAUGUCUAGUAGAAGAACCAAUCAAACGGAUACUGUUCAUCAAGCAACGAAAACUGUGAAACCAGCGGUGAACAGAUCAGAAUCAUCUCCGCUAGCUAAAAAUAAGACAGAAACUGGAACGAAAGAAGGAGAUAAAGGUAAAGAAGAACCUAAGAAUAGCAUUCAAAUAAAGCGUUCUGGAUUUGAGCGAGCUAGUCUUGACUCAGCAACGAGAAAAACUAGGGUAGUAGUAGAAAAAAAUGUUGUGUCUGAACCGAAAACAUCGAAGUCAGUCCUAGAAAGGCGUUUGGAAAUAGAGAAGAUGACUACAGCGCCAGGAAAAGUGAAUCAAAGUAAGAAACCCGUGCAGGUGACUCGACCGAAAUCUAUUACAACGAAAGUAGCUUCGUUCGAGCGAAGUGUCAGUAUCAGUGAAGUGACAGUUUCGACGAGUGUUGCCAGAAGUGGUCUGGCCAACAGUGUUGUCAGACCAAAAAACGUUUCAAUUCCACCUGGCUCCAGCGAAGACUGUAAAGAAAGUUGGGUUAAACAGGUCGUCAACAAAUUUCAAUGAGCUUGGUUGUUAUUUAGAAUAAUGCCGUAUUAUGUACUUAAUAAUUGUUGAAUCAUGGAGGAUAGAGGCAUGGAUGCUGCAAAGUACUAUUAUAACCUCAAAGUUUUUUUAAUUUAUUGAGAGCUGGAUACAAGUCUUUUGCUUCUCAAAGUUUUAAAUUAAAAAUGUUGCCAGCAUUCCCUUCUUCUAUUGUCUAUGUUCUAUGUUGUAAAUAUUGUUUUUAUCAUCAAACCUCCUUGGCUUGAUUCGUGCCAUAGACAAAAUGACGUGCCAGCACAAAAAAUCUUCGCACCUGUAAAUAAAUUUGUUACUUCUAUAUUUAUUUAACUGUGCCAUCGCCUGUAGUAAAAAAAUAUUAUCAUUGUGCAAUGGAACACAAUAUUUAUUGUU